UACACUGUCCUGCGCGAAAAUUCGACGAUGCUAACAUCUAAUUAUAAAUUUUGCAUGAAAAUGUCUAAUGCAGGCUGUUAUGAAAUCACGCAUAAGUUAUCAAGUUUGGCGUGUUUUUUAUAAUUUAUAUGUAUAAAUUAGAUCUUGAAUCCAAGUUCGAUUGGUCAUAACGUGAGUGAAGUGGUCAUAAGUGCACUAUGGCAGUUCAAAAUAAAGUUUUAUAUGCGUUUAGAGGCUGGAUAGCCUUUGUAGCAUUCAUGGAUCUUGGUACAGCUGGCCGUUCGUAUAUUGAAAGGAGAUCGUUUCUAAGCAAUAACGGUGACAAUGAACAUCUAGACGGAGAUUUCACAAUAUCACGAAUGCUGGGGAUGUAUUCGGUCCUGAAGGCACUUGCUUUGAUUCAUUGUACACUAUACAUACAUUAUAGACCUGUGGUGUCAAUGGGCUACUGGUCCCUAUUUUUAACUAUAAUGUUAUAUUUCACGGAGGCCUUCUACUUUCACUCAACUAGUCUCAAUUUUUAUGUGGUUUUUCCUUGCAUAUUAAAUAUAAUAACCCUAUUAGGUUUAAUAUAUCUACCAUCGAAAUUAAAACUGUGGGGUACGAUACCCGGAACGUCGGGUAUGGAUCGAGAUGUGGACGAUGAGAACACUCAAAUAUUACGACAAAUGGGCAAUUUUAGGAGGAGGAAACCGGGCAACCCCAUCAAAAACAAACACGUCUGAUAAGUGUUGCUAUAAUGUAAAUAUAUUGGCUGUGUUUUUUCUUGCACUUGAUGAAAUAGGGGCCUUAUAAAUUGUUGUUGGUUUAUUAAAGGAUUAAAUACACAGAAUAUAAAUAGCAAUUUUUUUUUUCAAUAGCAACAUUUGGAUGUAUUAGUUUGUGUCACGUAUUUUCAGAUUAAACUUAAUAUUUUGUGUAUUCAAUCAAUUGUAGUUUGUAGCAGGUUGACAUUUUUAACGGCGUCGUAGCUAGGGGCUGGCCAAGGUUACCUUGAAAUUACCUACAAAUUUGGUAUCUACCAAGGGCGCAACCUUCUCUAGGACUCUGAGGCUCAGGCACGUUUAAAACAUUAUGCUAACAUUAAUAAUAUAAACUUGCACUUAAUUGGGAUACAAUGGCACGUAAUAAACUCGUAUUGCAUAGUUACCAAUUUUAAUUACACUUUUACAGUAAUUUCUACUAAAUAAGAAUGGAGGCAAGAUUGAAAUCUUACCAGAGGUCACGACCCUAGCUACGAUAUUGAUUUCUAUCUAAUAAUGUACUAAUAUUGUAUAACCAUAACUAUGAAACAACACUAUCCGUUUGAUAUUUAGACAAUUUACAGUUUUAAAAGCUAAUAAUCUGCAGAAUUACUCAAUGAUAUGUAGGCGUUUUGAUUUCGUAUUUUCUUUACGAUACCUAAAUUAUUUACGUGUAUGAAACAACAAAAUUGAUAAUUCGUUGAAUUUCCUAGCAUGAGUGAUAUAGUUAUAUUUUAUAAUUAGCUUAAAACUACAAGUUAUUACUUCUGGCUUUACUUAUAAAUGUUGCUUAGCGACUGUUUAGUUGAACACUGAUUUCUCUCUUUCUGUCAUUAUUGAUUUGACAUUCGAAAGAAGGAGACACAUGUUUAACUUAUCCCCCGCUUAACAAUGUUGAUAAGUAACGCCGUUUAUUCUUAAACGUAUUUUAAAGCACGCUUUUUAUUAAUGACAAGAACAUGACUCUCACGCUUGUCACGUCAAAGCUGGCAACAUACGAAUGUGUCUGUCACUUUUAAAAAUAGAAGCGAGAUUCGUCCUUCAACGGUCUCGAAGUUUGCACGAAAGUAAACGACUUUUUUAACAUUAAAUUGUAACAAAUUAAUGACCGGUUUCUAUUACUUAACGAAUCGUUACGGUGCAUAACUGGUCGUUGUUGAGUUACGUGGAGCCGUAAAGGUCGUUGAUAUCAGUUUUUAUGUCACAUAAAAGUAACUCGGAAAUUUACGAUAAAUUUUAUUGGGACGCUUUUGAACUGCGCUUGGAUAGUUUGUAAGUGAAUCGUUUUUUCGAACAUAGCGACUGUACUUACCGAUUAAGUCGAGUUUCGACAAAUCAAUGUGAUUUAUGCUUUACUUGAUAAAAAGAAAAGCUAAACGUUUCGUGAAAAAAUGAUUGUUGAGUUAUUUUUUUAAAUGAAUAGGGUAAUACUUAAUUGUUACCAUUAAUAAUUUAAAUCUUCUAAACCGUAACCGUAACAGCCUGUGAAUGUCCCACUGCUGGGCUAAAGGCCUCCUUUCCUCUUUUUGAGGAGAAGGUUUGGAGCUUAUUCCACCACGCUGCUCCAAUGCGGGUUGGUGGAAUACACAUGUGGCAGAAUUUCAGUGAAAUUAGACACAUGCAGGUUUCCUCACGAUGUUUUCCUUCACCGUAAAGCACGAGAUGAAUUAUAAUCACAAAUUAAGCACAUG